AUGAGUAAGAUCAUUUUCUUCGAGGAAAAGAACUUCCAGGGGCGGUCAUAUGAGUGUGACACCGACUGCCCCGACAUGAACCCACACAUCAGCCGCUGUAACUCCAUUCGUGUGGAGAGUGGCUGCUGGGUUCUGUAUGAGAAGCCCAGCUAUGGUGGGUACCAGUAUGUACUGACUAGAGGAGAAUACCCAGACUAUCAGUGCUGGAUGGGCUACAGUGACUCCAUCCACUCCUGCAGGACCUUCUCCUAUGCCAGCGGAGGGCCCUAUAGGAUACGCAUCUACGAACGCCCCAACUUCCAGGGUCAGAUGAUGGAGUUCAGUGAUGACUGUGAGUCCGUCCAUGACCACUUCCGCAGCCGAGACAUCUACUCCUGCAAUGUGAUGGAUGGGUACUGGACCAUGUAUGAACAUCCCAGCUACAGGGGGCGCCAGUACUUCAUGCGGCCUGGAGAGUACAGGAAGUUCAGUGACUGGGGCGCUACAUGUGCCACCACCGGCUCCUUCCGCAGGAUCACUGAUUUUUAA